UUUACUUAAAUACUUUUAUUAUUUAGUCGAUUACCAUACGUUGCGGUCUAUAAGUCGUAAAACAUUGAAAGUAUGUCGAACGAAAGAAAGAAAUUGUGGGGUGGUCGCUUCAAGGACUGUAAAAAUGAUCCUUUGAUGGAUUCGUUCAGUGAAUCGAUAAGUUUCGAUCAACGACUCUAUGAGGCUGAUAUUAUCGCCUCCGAAGCGUACUGUAAAGCUAUUUGUAAAAUUGGUAUUAUCACAGAAUCCGAAUGUGCGCAAAUCAUUGACGGACUGGAAACAAUUUUGACGGAAUGGAAGAGCAAAACUUUUGUUGUGAAGCCUUACGACGAGGAUAUCCAUUCGGCAAACGAGCGUCGUCUAGGCGAAUUAAUCGGAACGAUUUCGGGUAAAUUGCACACAGGACGUAGUCGAAAUGACCAAGUGGCUACGGACAUGCGACUUUGGCUUCGAAUUGAAGCCACUGCAAUUUUAAAUCAUUUAACCGAAUUGAUUGCCGUUGUUGUUCGUCGGGCUGAAAGUGAAGUGGACGUUAUUAUGCCCGGAUACACACAUUUGCAAAAAGCUCAGCCUAUCCGAUGGUCUCACUUUCUACUGUCCAAUGCAUGGUUAUGGUGUAAAGACGUCGAACGUUUGAAACAAUUAAUUGAAAGGAUUAAUGUAUUGCCACUUGGAUGUGGUGCCAUAGCUGGACAUGCAUUCAACAUAGAUCGAGUGUUUUUAGCGGAGGAAUUGGGAUUCCAUGGGAUGGCUAUUAAUUCAAUGACUGCUGUUGGUGAUCGUGAUUUUGUAGCUGAAUUUCUAUUCUGGGCCAGUCUGACCAUGCUACACAUUUCUCGUAUCGCUGAAGAUUUGAUCAUUUACUCGAGUGCCGAAUUCGGUUUUGUUUCGGUGAGCGACUCGUACUCUACUGGAUCGAGUUUGAUGCCUCAAAAGAAAAAUCCGGAUAGUCUGGAGCUGUUACGUGGAAAAUGUGGCAGAGUUUUCGGAAGAAUGACAGGAUUUAUGAUGACAUACAAAGGACUUCCCAGUUCAUACAACAGAGAUCUUCAGGAAGACAAGGAACCCUUGUUCGAUGCAGUCGACACAUUAUCCACAUCUCUCCAGAUAUUGGCUGGUGUACUUGGAACUUUGAUGAUCUUCCCAGACAAAAUGCGUCAAAGUCUAAGCACAGAUAUGUUGACCACCGAUCUUGCCGAUUAUUUGGUUCGAAAAGACAUUCCAUUUCGUGAAGCUCAUUUCGUCUGUGGACUGGUAGUUAAAUUGGCUGCGGAAAAAGGGCUAGGACUGCAUGAGUUAUCGAUCAAUGAUUUACAAACAUUGCAUCCAUCAUUCGGAAGUGAUGUGGUAGACGUUUGGAACUAUGAAAAAAGCAUUGAGCUGCGUAGUGCUGUAGGCGGUACGAGUGAAUCGUCGGUAAACUUUCAAAUUGGUCAAAUGAAAAUGUGGCUAGCCCGGCUAGUUGCAGAUAAAUCUUUGUAGGCUAUUUUGUUGGGAAAUAGAGAGAUACAUUGUUGAUGUUAAACUGC